AUUAAACGAGUGCAAAUGCAGGCGAUAAAGUGUGUUGUUGUUGGCGAUGGUGCUGUUGGUAAGACGUGUUUGCUGAUCAGUUACACGACAAAUGCCUUCCCUGGGGAGUAUAUUCCGACAGUGUUUGACAACUAUUCAGCAAAUGUUAUGGUAGAUGGGAAGCCAAUUAAUCUUGGACUUUGGGACACCGCAGGGCAGGAGGAUUAUGACAGACUACGACCUCUGUCCUACCCCCAAACUGAUGUCUUCUUAAUAUGCUAUUCCCUGAUUAGCCCAGCAAGUUUUGAGAAUGUACGAGCAAAGUGGUUUCCGGAGGUGAGCCACCACUGUCCAAACACGCCCAUCAUCCUUGUGGGCACCAAACUGGAUCUGAGAGAAGACAAGGAAAUGGUGGAAAAGUUGAAGGAGAAGAAGUUAGCUCCCCUUACUUACCCACAGGGCCUUGCAAUGGCAAAGGAAAUUGGGUCAGUUAAGUACCUUGAGUGCUCAGCUUUAACACAGAAAGGUCUGAAAACCGUCUUUGAUGAGGCGAUACGUGCGGUGCUGUGUCCUAAGCCAAAACCGAAAAAGAAGAAGUGCAGAAUUUUGUGAAAAUAUUGACGUUUAUAAUUUGUUGUUAGAGGUUAAAAGUUGUUCUGAUGUUACAGAAUGUAUACAGCUACAAUAUUGUUGCCUUUUUGCUAAUGUAGGAAACAUUCAUUGUGUCUUAAGCACUCAUUCUUUAGGAAACAUUCAUUGUGUCUUAAGCACUCAUUCUUUACAAUGUUCAUUUUCACUUAAUUUUAACUAGGCACAGUUGACUACCUGUGUUAUGUUAUGUAAUAGGAACUUUACAAUUUAGAUUUAUUUUGAA